AUGAUGACUGAUAUUGAAGGGCAGAUUAGGGAAUUGAAGGCACACUUAGUCGAGCUUCAAUUGCAGCGCAAGUACCUGGAUGAGAAAUUCAUUCAGCUUUUCAAAUCAGCAUAUCAAAACAGUGUAGAUAAAGAACCUGAUAUGGAAUCUCCUGUCAAAAUCAUUGCGAAACAUAUAAAAUCAUUAAAGACCUAUAAUGAGUUGAGAGAUGUUGGUUUAAAGCUUGCCCAAUGCGUUGCAGAUGAAAAGAACGUAUCAAUUGGCCAAAUAUUUGAGGAAAUAGGUAUUUCUAUGAAAGAUGAAUAA